AUGGCUCGCACCAAGCAGACAUCUCGUGGUGGGCGCCGCAAGGCCCCCUCUCGUGCUGCUCGCGGGAAUGACAUUGGCUUCAUGGCCCUCCAGGAGGAGGCAGAGCGCCGUGAGCGCAUCUUGGCCGACCGCCGCCGCGUGGAGGCCAAGUGGCGCCCCAAGGUGCCCGAGAUCCGCAAGGUCAACUUCGAGAACUUCAAGAACCGCUUUGGCGGAACGGACGAGCCCGAUGCCGCCGUUGAUGUUCUCAUGGUCGGCCCCAGCAUCUCUGCCCAGAUGCGCCGAGAGCGUAGCUACAGACACCGAGAGGAUCUGGCCCGCAUGCGCAAGAAGUACCUCGAUAUCCACGACAAUGCCUACGAGCGCAAGAGACGGCCCAUCACUGCAGCCGACAAGGCCAAGAUUGCCAAGCGCACCGAGGCGCUGCAGUCAACCGAUACUGAGAUCUCGCGUAUCCGUGUCCAGUCACAGCCCGUUUUGGGAUACCUGACCUCGCUGAUGAAUGAGUCCAACACGAGGUCCACUCCCCGCACAUUCAUGCGACCCUUCAAGCCCCUGAUCUACUUCCAGCCCAAGAUGAGGGAGAUUCUUGCUACUUUGGAGGAGAAAUGGGCCGAUUUUGAGGAGGCCUCAUCCGAGAGCGCUGAGGAGCUUUCCAAAGAGGAGGCCAUCGAGGUUGUUGAUGAGGUCGAGGAGUUUGACGAUGCUGUCGAGGAGGACGACGAAGCCCAGUCAGAUGAAGAUGAGGAGGGCGGUGAUGACGAGGACGACACUGAGUCUCUUCAGUCGGUCGACUCCAACGUGGAUGAGGACGUUGACAGCCUGAUGGACACUCCUGAGGCUCUCAGGGACAUGCGCUGCUAUGUCAAGUUCAUUGACGAGGAGGUCAUGCCUCUCCACACCCGCUUUGACGGAAAUGAAGUCGACAAGGUCAAGUUUGACGAUCUCUGGUACCUCUUCCGCCCGGGCGACCUCAUCUACAUGCCCGCAGCAGGCGAGGCCGGUGGUCGAUACCACGAGGUUUGGCGUACCUACAAGGUCACUGUUCCCGAGCCCGAGGUCGCAGACCGUUCCCUGGGAUGGGAGUUUGGUGACGACUUCUUCGGCAGCAACGAUGACAGCAACAACUUCAAGAUCAAGGCCUACUACAUUGACCACGACGGCAGCUCUUUCGGUGCUGUCCGCAAGGAGUUCACGAUCGAGCCCUUCAUCGGCGAGCGCCAGAUCGACUCGCUCGACAUCUUCCCCAUCCGCUACCGUCAUGGGCACGAGGAGCUCAUCGACUCGCUCAAGAGCCAGGGCCGCAAGUUCAUCGACUUCCUUGACGACCGACACCAGCAGUACAGCGCUUGGUCGCUGACCAGGAACCCACCCUCGCACCGGCACCGUGACGAUCCCGAUGAUGAGAUCCUCGACAGCGAGGACUACGAGAAGAUGCGCCACCCCGAGUUCGUCGAGAGCGACGUGAUCGUCGAUCUCCGCGAGGCGUACCAGAAGAUGCCCGACUGGCGCCCCAGCUUCCACCAGCUCGCCAUCAACCACUCGAUGAACUGUGAGGCCCAGGACGACGAGAUGCCCGUCCAGCACUGGUUCGACGGCAACCGCCAGUCCCUGGCCUACUCCCAGACCGAGAUCGUCCAGAAGUCGGACGGCGUCGAGGUCCGCCAGCGCCGCGACAAUCUGAACCAGGACGCCUUCCUCCGCGUCCGCGUCAAGGGCUCCCGCACCUUCGAGACCAACCCAGCCCUCCUCAAGCUCCGCGAUGAGGACCUCGUCCUCGUCCCCAAGCGCAUGUUCGCCUACAUCCUGCGCGAGCGCCGCUUCCUCCCCGUCGACCUCAACUUCCUGAACCCCGUGCGCCGCGAGCCCAACGUGUUCGAGAACCUGCGCAUCCAGUCCGACUACAAGGACGUGGUCCGCGGGCUGGUCAUGUCCCACUUCCAGCGCAAGGCCCUCGAGCGCCGGUAUGCCGACUCGGCCAUGGAGGGCCCCAACCAGGAUCUGAUCCAGGGCAAGGGCCGUGGUUUGGUCGUGCUGCUGCACGGUGUGCCAGGUGUGGGUAAGACGGCGACGGCUGAGGCUGUCGCAAUGGAGAACCGCAAGCCCCUGUUUGUGAUCACCUGUGGUGACCUCGGCCUCUCCCCCCACGAAGUCGAAUCUUCUCUCAAGAACGUCUUCCGUCUUGCGCACCUCUGGGAUUGCGUGCUCCUCUUAGAUGAGGCUGAUGUCUUCCUAUCGCAGCGAUCCCAGCUCGACAUGAAGCGCAACGCCCUCGUCUCCGUCUUCUUACGAGUUCUCGAAUACUACAAUGGGCUUCUCUUCCUGACGACCAACAGAGUUGGGCAAAUUGACAGUGCUUUCAAGAGCAGAAUUCACCUGUCUCUCUACUACCCACCUCUCGACAAGACCCAGACCCGCGAGAUCUUCAAGAUCAACAUCGCCAAGCUCAAGGAGAUCGAGGCCGAGCGCCACCGCAUGACCGGCGAGGCCCCCCUCGUCAUCAAGGACGCCGAGAUCCUCGACUUCGCCACCAAGCACUACGAGGACCUCGCCCGCUCGACCGGCUGCUGGAACGGCCGGCAGAUCCGCAGCGCCUUCCAGAUCGCCUCGAGCCUGGCCAUCCACUCGCACGCGAACCAGUCCGCGCUGGCCCGGUCGCGCGGCCAGCUCCCCGCUGCGGCGCCCGUGCUCGACCGCUCGUUCUUCGAGAAGGUGCAGCUGUCGACGCAGAGCUUCGACAAGCACAUGAAGAAGGAGUCGGGCAUGUACGAUCAGGAGGUGCCCAUGCGGGGGUCGUUUUCCGGCCGG